ACACACACAGAGGCCUCUCUCUCUCUCUCUCUCUCUCUCAGGCAAUUUCACACUUCUCGUUCUAAUCAAGUUCUACCUUUCUCCGAUCACAAGCAAAAGCUAGGCAUUUGCUUCAUCGGGGCCCUCCUUUCUCUCUCUAGCCGUGAAAUUUAUAUAUAUAUAUAUGUAUAUAUAUUGGAGCUGAGAGAGAUGCCAGAGGUGGUGGAAGGAGCUGCAAAGCCUCCGCAAAUCUCCGAGAUGUUCCAGAAAUUCGCCCACGCCUUCAAGGCCAAGACGUUCGAGCUCUUCGCCGACGAGGAAACUUCCGCCGCCGGGGACGGCGACGUCUACGCCCUCCUCGAUUCCGCCGAGGAGUUCAUCACGGAUCAGAAAGUGGUGGUUAUCAAGCCCGAUUCCUGCAAGUACCCGCCGUCUCCGGACCCUACGGCGAAAGUCCAGUUCACCAAUGCCCUCGUUUCUUCGCUCUUCGCCAACGUUUCGUCGUUUGAAGCCUCGUAUCUCCAGCUCCAAAUGGCCCACGUGCCUUUCGAUGAGAAGGCCAUUGAAUCAGCUGACAAAGCUCUGGUGUCGAUUCUCCAGAAAUUGACUGAAAUCAGGAAUUUGUAUAGGAGUUUCAAGAAGCACCCUAGCUGUAAUCUUGAAUAUUUUCCGGUGGGGUCGGUUUUGGAGUUUCAGGUGCAAGAGAAUCAGAGUAAGCUCAGGGCUUUGGAGACCAUGGUAAAUCAAUUACAGUCUGAUAUUGAGUCUAAGGACGAUGAAGUUUUGAUUUUAAGGAAGAAGUUAGAUAAAAUUCAUGACACUAAUUCGAGUUUAUCCAGAAAGUUAGGGGUUAGAACAGAAAAUUUGAGUAAUAGCAUAGAUGUGUUGUUAACAAUUCGUGUUUUUGAGUUAAUGUUGCGGGAUUCAUUAAAGUCUGUGCAUUGUUUUAGCAAGUUAUUACUGGAAUUGAUGAAAAAAGCUGGGUGGGAUCUAGAGCAGGCUGCAAAUUCAGUUUAUCCUGGUGUUAAUUAUGCGGAAAAAGGGCAUGAGAAAUACUCAUUUCUGUCUUAUGUUUGUUUGGAGAUAUUCAGAGGUUUCGAUAAGGAUGAUUUUGGUAUACUUGAUGACAACAAUGCUUGCAAUGGUAAUGGCUCGAUUUGUGGUGGUGAAAAUGGUUAUCUGAGACAAUUAAUCGAGCAUGUCUCAUGCAAUCCAAUGGAUGUCUUGCAAAAGAACCCAAAUUCUGGUUUUUCAAAGUUUUGUGAGAAGAAGUAUGAGCAACUGAUCCAUCCCACGAUGGAAUCGUCGAUCUUUAGCAACAUGGAUCAGAAGGAAGUCGUGUUGGAUUCUUGGAGAUCGUUGAGCGUAUUCUAUGAGUUGUUUGUUAGGAUGGCGAGUUCGAUAUGGCUGCUUCACAAGCUAGCGUUUUCGUUUAAUCCCGUGGUAAAGAUCUUCCAAGUGGAGGGAGGGGUUGAUUUCUCAAUGGUGUACAUGGAAGAUAUUACCAGGAAAAGCAGCUUCUUUUUGGGUAAGACUAGGCCCAAGGUCGGUUUCACAAUUGUUCCGGGGUUUAAAAUUGGCCAGACAAUCAUUCAGUCUCAAGUAUAUCUAACCAGCUGUAAGCAUCCAGAGCAGCAUGGCUCCCAGCGGGAUUUGACGAAAAUCUGAAAUUUGCAUUAUGUAGUGACUGAUGGUCGAGUAUUAUGUUCGAUAUAUUGGUCAGUUGAAUUGGCUUAGCGUAUCAAAGAGCCCAAAUUUGUAGAUCAAUCGAGUCCAUGGUACCAUAGCAACAAGAACCCAAUAUACAAGUGUGUGUUGCCCUCGACACGGUGGGACAGGCUCAAGUGCGCGAUAGGUAUGUGGAUGCUCUUUACCCGACUUGCAUUUUAUGUAGUUAUAUUUGAGUCGAGUUUGUAUAUCUGUGUUUGCAUAGGAAUUCAAGUGGCUAGUAUUUCUUAUGAGUCUCAAAAGAGAUGUAUAUAAAGGAAUGAUGUUAUAGGGGGAAAGUGCUUCACUUUCUCCUCUUCCAUUAUCUUUUUUCCUUUGUUGUUUUGGAUUACAGUAAAACUACAGGAUCAAACUUCUUGUAAUUGUUAAUCUGAAUAUGAGACCACUAGGUUUAACUUGUUCAACGACGUGUUAUUACUUCUUGAUGUUA